UUACCAACUUCCAAGGACGAAAGCUUAAAAGGAGUAUUUCUCCCUGCCUUUUCUUUUUGGCCCUGUCCUGGUGUGCUCUUCAAACCCCCCGAAUUUUGAGACUCAAAGCUAGGGUGUUGGUCGAAAUUCUUUAUUCUCUGUAUCGAGUUGCUAAAAGCAGUCAUGUCUUCAGGGUACCUUCCGGCAACAAUGGAUUCCAUUGAUAACGCUCUAGAAGCGAAAGAUCCAUCUGAGUCGAUCCCUCUUUAUUACCGCAUACUUGAGAAUCCAUCAUGUUCGUCAGAAGCACUGCGUGUUAGGGAACAGGCCAUUUCGAAUCUUUGUGACCUUCUCAGACUAGAGAAGAGGGCGGAGGAUCUCCGAAGCCUUCUCACCCUAUUGAGACCUUUCUUUGCCUUAAUCCCAAAAGCUAAAACUGCAAAGAUUGUGCGAGGAAUCAUCGAUACAGUGGCUAAGAUUCCUGGAACCACUGAUCUUCAGAUAUCUCUUUGCAAAGAGAUGGUGGAGUGGACCCGUAUUGAAAAACGUACAUUUCUGAGGCAGCGCGUUGAGGCUAGGCUUGCAGCACUUUUGAUGGAAAGCAAGGAAUACUCUGAAGCUUUGAGCCUUCUUUCUGGGUUAAUCAAGGAGGUCAGGAGAUUAGACGACAAACUUCUUCUCGUCGACAUAGAUUUACUAGAAAGUAAGCUCCAUUUCUCGUUGAGAAAUCUACCCAAGGCUAAAGCUGCACUCACAGCCGCAAGAACAGCUGCAAAUGCCAUCUAUGUUCCUCCAGCACAGCAAGGGACCAUAGACUUGCAAAGUGGGAUUCUCCAUGCAGAAGAAAAGGAUUACAAGACUGGUUACAGUUAUUUCUUUGAAGCAUUUGAGGCCUUCAAAGCUCUUGAGGAUGAUCGUGCUAUCUUCUGUCUAAAGUACAUGUUGUUGUGCAAGAUCAUGGUCAGCCAGGCUGAUGAUGUUGCAGGAAUAAUUUCUUCAAAAGCAGGCCAUCAGUAUGGGGGACCUGAAUUGGAUGCCAUGAAAGCUGUUGCCGAUGCUCAUUCAAAGCGAUCCUUGAAGAGUUUUGAGGCUGCCCUGCGAGAUUAUAAGGCUCAGUUAGAAGAAGACCCGAUUGUUCACAGGCAUCUGUCUUCCUUGUAUGACACACUUUUGGAGCAGAAUCUCUGCAAAUUGAUUGAGCCUUUCUCAAAUGUUGAGAUUGCCCAUAUUGCUGAUCUUAUUGAAUUGCCUGUUAGUCACGUGGAGAAAAAGCUGUCUCAGAUGAUACUAGAUAAGAAGUUUGCAGGGACUUUGGAUCAAGGAGCGGGGUGCCUCAUCAUCUUCGAUGAUGCCAAGCAAGAUGCAAUAUUCCCAGCAACUUUGGAAACAAUCUCUAACAUCGGCAAGGUCGUAGAUAGUCUCUACACUAGGUCUGCUAAGAUUAUGGCAUAAAGGUAGGUUUGGCUAGUUGUUGCUCUCUUUGUGCAGUUCUUUUGUCAAGUCCCUUCUCAUGUUUCAUAUAGAGAUCAAUAUAUAGACAGAGAAGAGAUGGCUUAACACAUGCUUUUGCCCAGUCAUGCUUUUGUUUCUGUUUGUUGGCAAGGUGUUAGUUCUAGUCUUUCAUAACUUAUAUUCCGCACUUGGAUUUUGAGUAUGAUAAUUGCAAGUGAUGUCGCUGUUAUCAUAUAUGACUUGGAAAAACGAAGCAUGUCCUUGGGUUUUACUGGUUUGUUGCGUGAGAAUCUACCUAUCUUUUCUGAAUUUGUGGUUA